AUGUUGUAACAGUUUUUCUAAAUGACAAAAAGCUUGUCAAUGUGCGGCACAGGCCACGCCCCCUCCUGUCAGUGGCCGCGUUACACGGAAGUAGCUCAGAACUUGUCAACAAGAGAGGCCGACUAAAAUGGCAAAGUCUUCCUGAAAUCACCGACAAUGGCACUUCUCUGACAUUUAUCACCUUUACAUUUUUAGAACCACUUAAGUCUUUUUUUUUUAAAUAAAAGCUUUUAGAGACUUUAAAGACGGGAAGUGUUACCACAAUGACCGUCAGCUAUAAACUAUGUGCUCUCCUAGUUUUCUCCAUCACAGCUUACAGCCAUUUAGAAUCUCCCUUCUGUGUUGCCCACUGUGGGGCUUCCCCUCAGGUCUUAGACAGUGACACAGGAGAGAUCCGGAGUUCUUCUUACAACACCUGGACUUACCGCUUUGGAUCGGUUUGUGACUGUUGGGUCAUCAAGGGUUCAGAGAAUGAGCCGAUUGUUUUAAGGUUUUCUCGGUUCUUUGUGAAAUGUGACAAAGAAUGGGUUUCCCUGAAGUCCUCGGCUGACGAUGAGCCGGUGGUUCUUUGUGGGAAAACGUUGCCGGAGCCUCUGAAGUUCCCGGGGGGAAACAUUACAGUGGUGCACCAUUUCCUUCCACACCAAUACCCGGUGUCAAAGUUUAUUUUGAGCUAUUUUAGAGAGUCAGAGAACUGCCCAAAGACGUCCUUCCAGUGUCCCAGGGGUCAGUGCAUCCCGCUCUUCCUGCGCUGUAACGGGCGCAUAGAUUGUCCCGAUGACGACAGCGGGGCUGACGAGCAGGGCUGUGAUGAUGACAUGGACUAUCUGGAGGUCCAGACGGUUGCAAAUAAAGACUCAGAGAGGCAGAUGGUCACAGAGAAAACCCAAAGCUUGGUUAGAACGACUCCCGGGUAUGGCUAUGACGAUUUCUGGCAGUCGGAGAGGGCCCAGCUGGGACAGGAGCAGCCUCAGACCAAAGCAGAGACGCUCGUCUCGACGACUCCCGUCGAGUGGCCGUGCGGAGGACUCUUCCAAACCUUUUAUGGGACCUUCUCCUCUCCGGCCCCCCGAGGGAACAGGCUGUUCUGCGUUUGGAGUUUGGAUCCUCAGGACUCUCGCCCGCUGAGGUUAGACCUGCAGCAGCUGGUUCUCGGGCCUGUAGACCGACUGACCGUCUACAACAGAGGCGAAGGCAAAGGAGACGUGAUAAAAAAUAUCACCAAUACGUCUAACUACAAAUCAGUCCAGGUGGAGUCCCACACUGGCCUGAUGUCCCUGGUGUAUGAAACGUUUCCUGGCUCUGAGGCAGGGGGCUUCAAAGCCACGUUCCACGUGGGGAGCUACUGUCCGCCGUCGGAGUACCGCUGCGGAGGAUCCAUGGGAGGAUGUUAUACGAAGGAGCAGCGCUGCGACGGGAAAUGGGACUGUCCCGAGACCGGGAAGGACGAGGAGGCGUGCAGGGGCUGCGGCACCAACCAGUUUGCGUGUGGAAUGGUGGGACAAAAAGCCGUGGCGCCCAGCCACUUCGCCGGCAGGCCGGUGUGCUACCCGGCGACGGAGAGAUGCAACUACCAGCUGUACUGCGCUGACCUCAGCGACGAGAAGGACUGCACCAUGUGCCAGCCCGGGACCUUCCACUGUGACAGCGACAGGUGCGUGUUCGAGAGCUGGCGCUGUGACGGUCAGGUGGACUGCAAGGACGGCACCGACGAGCUCAACUGCACCGUCAUGCUGCCCCGCAAGGUCAUCACCGCGGCAACGGUGGGCAGCCUCGUCUGCGGGCUGCUGCUGGUCAUCGCCAUGGGCUGCACCUGCAAACUGUACUCGCUCAGAACCAGAGAGUACAGCCUGUUUGCUCCAAUAAGCCGCCAGGAAGCCCAAUUGAUCCAGCAGCAGGCUCCUCCCUCCUACGGUCAGCUGAUCGCCCAGGGUGUCAUCCCGCCAGUGGAGGAUUUCCCCACAGAAAACCCCAAUGAGACUUCGACUCUUUCUCUGAGGGGAAUCCUUCAGCUCCUCCGACAGGACGCCGCCAACUCCCCGCAUCGCCGCCGCCGGCCUCGCUUCGUCCGACGCGCCGUCCGCCGCAUGCGCAGGUGGGGGAUCAUCCCCAGGCAGGCGUCCAGGCCGAGCCAGAGCCAAAGUUCCAGCCAGCAGCAGUCGACCCCCGCUCCGCCCGGGGAACAGCCAGCCCAGUCCACGCCCACAAGCUCCGCCUCCGCAGUGGAGGCGGCCCUCCCACCCAUUUCUCAGAAACUCGGCCUGUUGACCACGACGGAGCAGCAGCAGCAGCAGGAAGCUCCUCUGCUGCAGCUGCCUUCGACGGACGCCGCCUUCCUUCCUCCCCCUCCGUACGCCCCCCCUCCUCCGUCCCACGCCACUUCCUGCUCUCCUCAAGUCUCAGUUCCUUCUAGCAGCCCCACCUUAGCGUCCAUCUUCCAGACACUCAGCCUCAGUAUUUCCCUUUUCAGAGCUUCUCCUUCUAUUUCUACUUCUACUUCUUCUUCCUCCUCCACCAACUCCAUGCCUCUGUCAGCCUCUCCCUCUUUCUCCUCCUCCUCCUCCUCGGACGACGAGGUGCUGCUUAUCCCGCUGUCCGAGGACAACACAUCAGAGGACGACGUGCCCAUGCUCACCUGAAACCACCUCCUCGCCGCUCGCUCACUCGCUCGCUCGAUCUCUUCCGCAUCCGGUCGACUUUUAGCACAGGAGUGCCUCACUCCGACACUCAUCUUCUCUGUGCAAGUCUGUGCCUUUUUCUAAUUGCUUUGGAUUUGAUUUUGUCGCCAUUUCCUGCCAAAUUAUGGACUGUUUUCCCCCUUUUCCUCUUGCUUAAGAACUUACAUGUGUUGGUGUCAAGCACGAGGGGGAAAAAAAAACAAAAAAAACACACAAAGUCGAUUGGAUGUGCACUUAACGGCGGACUGCACAGAGAACUUUUGCACAGAAGGAUCUUCCCAUCCAGAUACUGGUGGAGCAGAAAGUUGUUGAAUGACUGUUUUUUUUUUUAGUCUUGACAGACAAAGGAGUGUGAUUGUACACGUGCAUGGUAAACUUCUGCACCCAGAUGUGAGGUCACUAAUAUUAUAGGAAAAAACAAUACCCCCCCUACUCAAGUGCCUUUUGAGGACUCUCCUGAGAAGUUCUGGUUCCUCGUGGAAACACAUGUGGGCUCACCUCAUCGCACACAUCAGCACAUCCAUGGCUUUACUAUAACAUCCUAAAAUGCAUGUCUGCAAGUUGGCAAUAUCCUUUUCUCGGGGGGACCUGUUGUAGUUCAAUAGAUUUAUGUUUUCUAAGUACACAUAGGUAUUAUCCUGACUAGAGAAUGAAUGUACUCAAAGAGAAAAUAUUUUCAAAGACAAUCUCUUCGGUGCCUGAUUCCACAGCGUGAGAACAGAAAGGUGAGGCGCCCCGCCGUUUGAACGGGCACCAAAAUGACCUCAAUCAUUGAUGAGACUUUAUUAUUAUUAUUAAUAUUAUUAUUAUUUUGUUGCAGACUGACACAACAGAAUUGUGGUGUGCCAUUCGAGCUCAGAUAAAAUGAUUUAUUGUGUUUUUAUUUCGGCAAGCUGCGUGUCUUUUUAUCCUUUAAAGUUGUUGCUCUUUUGAAUGUAGUGUGGCGGAGUAAAAUAGAAGUUUUAAGUUCAAAUGCAAUGGGAUAAUUAAAAAGAAAAGUGAUUUUAUGAUGUAAGGAUUUCACUGUAUAUAAGUCAAAUGUUGCUGAGAUUAAACAAUUUGCACUUUUAA